AUGUUCCGCCGAUUAUCUCGGAAUGGGUACAUCCCUGGCACUUUUAAGCAACGACUACGCUCGUUUACUGCCGCGGUCGAUAACAAGGGAUCCACAAGUGCAUUGGAUCGUCUUUAUGAUACCGAAAUGGUGUUGAGAGAGCCUCAGAAAUACAGUUUAUCAGCCUUUGCCUGCUUCAAACAGUACCAAGAAUCGAGGGAAAACUUGAUAAGUGAUUUGUUGGUGUACCCGCGGGUCAGCAGGAACACUGGUGAUUUCAUUUUAGGAAAAUAUCGAGUUUCAAGGUCUAUUCGUGCAUUAAUACUUCAACUGCUAAUGGAUCUUAUGGCAAAAAACGACUUCAAAUCGGUUUUGAUGUACCUUGAACACAUGAAGGCAUGUGGUGUGUUAUCUACAAAAGCGAUUAUUGCAUUGAAACAGACUCAUCAAGUUCCACAGAAUAAGCUUCGUGGAUCAUUAUAUGACUUGAUUCUUCUCGAGACAGUUUACAGUGGAGAUCCUAUUUUGGCUGCUUCGUUCUUGGUAAGUUGUGGUCAAUAUGGGGUGACUGGACGUAAAACCACCAUAUCAGCGAUUAUUCGAGCCCUUUCAGUUUCUACGAGGGAUACGGAUACCUACAAUGCAUAUACAAUAUUGGUGUUGGUUGAAGCCAAUGCCUCACUCAUAUCAGCACACGACUAUAAGGCUGCUAUUGACUAUGCCAUGAGUCUACCUGCAUGCCCCUAUAUGGCUAAUUUGAUUGCUGAGAAGUACUUUUCACAAACACAAAAGAGAGAUGGCACCCUAGACGAAACCUUAACUCAACUAGUUCUCGAGAACUUGAAUUACCACAACGUGAGGGCAGCUGUUAGGAUAUGGAAUGAGAUUCAAUCAGAGACAGCACCCACGUCAACGAGUGCUCUUCUUGAGUACAUGAAUGAGCAUUCACAGGACAAUAACUGGACACUAGCUAAAUCGGUUUUAACCAGAAUUGACUCGAAAUCACCUCCUAAAGAGCUUGUGGACGUCCUUGUCAAACUAUACUCCACUAUGGGACGUCCAGACCAGCUGAGAGCCAUGACACGAACGCUCAAGUCUCCACUUAGUCGGCGAGCUCUUUCAGCAUUAUUACAACAGUUUUGCGAUCAAAACGAUUUUAAUCGAGCACAGCGUAUCACACAAACUAUAAUGCGAGCUGAUUUCAAAUUAACACUCGAAGAUAUGAGCAAUAUGGUCAGCACGCUCAUACGGCUUGACCGAGUUGAAGAUGCGCUCACCAUUCUAAGGCGAAUGGAUCUGAACGUAACUGCGCUAGGCUAUGUCAGGCUCGUAGAUCAUGUUUUAACCAGUGGAAAUGACGACUUUGGAAUACUAGAACUUGCCUCAAGGGUCAUUCAAAGCUCGCAAGACGGCAAUGUUGUCAAUGAGUUGUUUUAUGUGGCCCUUAUGCAUAUACAUCGAUCUUCAGGUUUAAGAUCAGCCAAGAGGUUCUAUAUGAGGUACAGUUCUGGUCACUACAAGCGGUUUAGCCUUGGACAAUUGGCUCCAUUAUAUCCCAGUUUAAAGCUUAGAGAGACCGCUAAGCUCAAGUGUUUGCAGCACUUAAUGUUGUCAGGCAUAGGAGAGGAGGACCAUAGUACCGUCAAAUGGGCAUUUGCAGAGAUGAGAGCGGUUGGAGCGUUUGCACAAGAUAUCAUCAGCAUCAUACAAGAUUACAACAGCGACUAUGUGGAACGAUUGUCUUUAAAUACGGAUUAA